AUGUCAUCAAACUCGUACAACCCCUAUCCCUCAUAUUCGGAACUCGAACAAACGUUGCCCACCUCGACUUCCCCAAAGAUGUCCCAGGACGAACUUGAUGCUGAAUUGGAGUUUUGGAUCAGGACCCAAUUCACUUAUGACAUGGCGGCACCGAUGGGAUUGCUCGAGGAUGAUUAUGCUUACGAGCCAAAGGAAACGAAAGUAGAAACUGAAAACAGAGAAGCUACUACUAACUAUACUGAAUAUAGCUUACUGAAACCGUAUUUAGACUCUUCGUCUUCGAUGAACGGAAUUUUCCCCCAUCCAACUGCAAGCCGAGUGGCAGAUAUGCCGCGAACUACUUCGCCACCAAGCACUCCGAUUGCGUCUGCGUCGACCACAAAUUACCUUCCCAUUUGUCCAGCUCCAGCAGUAGCUGGGACAACCGGUGUGGAAGUUGGAGACAUGGUCAUGCAGGGGCAAGUAAUGACUGGAGCAAACAAUUUGUCCACUCGAGUCUCUAAUGCAUCUCGCAAGAACUCCGGAUCCAAAGCCGUAUCUGAUUCCAGAAAGUUAUCCAUUGCUUCCAAGUCCUCCGACGACCAAAACGUGCUUCCUCAACAGUCACAACAACAAACCGAUCCGGAACUUUCUGCGAAACUUGCCGCUGAGGAAGACAAACGUCGCAGGAAUACUGCUGCAUCAGCUCGAUUCCGCAUAAAGAAGAAGAUGAGAGAACAAGCAUUAGAACGUACAGCACGUGAAAUGACGGCUAAAGUCGAAGCUCUGGAAACUAAAUUGCGUGAAUUAGAGUUGGAAAACAAGUGGUUACGAAGCUUGGUUGUAGAGAAAGAUCCGCGAUUAUUGGACGUAGAGAGACCGGGAAAGCGCAGAAAGUCAAGCGAAGAUAACGAUGAAUCCACAUCUACUGCCUCCGCUUAG